ACUGCGUCUGUCACAAACCUCUUUCAGAGACACAACACACACGUUUCAGAGACACGACACACACGUUCUUCUGGAUGUUCCUAUGUAUGCUGGGGUUUGGAGGGUAUGUUGCAGAUGAGGAGCUUGAUCGAGACUGUGACCUCUGCGUUCCUCAUCACCGCUCUAAGUACUCAUGCUGCACUGCUGCCUGCAUCACUGAAUGUUUCGAUACAGUCGGAGAACAUGAGGCACAUUCUGAAAUGGAGCCCUCUGAAUGAAUCCUGCUUCUCUGUCAGCUACACCGUACGGUAUCAGGGUGAGUUUGAAUACAUGCAGAAUGCCAGGUGGCAGGACGAACCCUCGUGUGGCAACAUCGUCCGGACUGAGUGUGACCUGACCGUCGCCUUGAGCUCAGACUCCGAUUACAACAUCAGCGUGCUAGCUCGGUGUAACGACUCGACAUUGUGGACUCAGCUCCCGAAGUCCUUCAACCGCAGAGACACUGUGCUGCUGGCUCCACAAAUGGAUGUGAAUACAAAAGACGGCCUAAUCGAAGUUUACUUUGGUGAACGUCAAAAUCACAUCAACAUAAACCUUCAAAUUUGGAAGGAAGGAGAUGAGGAGAAUGCCUCCGUUACUGAGAUAACAAGCCAAAUGUUCCAUCACCGUGUCGGUCAGGGAGGAGCAGGAACGUACUGUCUGAGAGCCGAGGCUGUACUGGACCUCAGCAACAAGCGAAACAGCACAUAUAGAUGCGUCCGUGUCCGUGAACCGACACCUUCGUGGCUCAUACCGCUCGCCGCUGGCAUCGCUGUGACGUUAAGCCUCAUGCUGGCUUUGAUUCUGGGGUUAAUUACACCACGCUGUAGCCUCUGGAUCCGGAAGUCUGUGUAUAAGAAAGAGGCGAUGCCUAAAGCUCUGCUCGACUGGUCAAAAAGCACCCCGAUAUUACUCAACAAGGCCCUGCAUGAAUCGACACACACUGUUUCUCUGCUAGACCCAUCGCAAGAUGAGAACGGAGAGAACGUCAGAGACCAAGACGACGUGUGAUGAAGUAAUGAGUCCACGAGGGUGACACCUGGUCCCCACUUACAUAUUUAUGAAGCAUGAUUUCAAUAGCAUUCAUCAUGAUGCUAGUCUGAAGGAUGUUUUUAGUGACGCAAAGAAAAAACCUUCUGAUAUCAUGUGUCUAUUUAUGAGACAUCACAGAGGAACUGAAGAACCACGUGUGGUGUGAGUGGAAAAAAUGCAGAGAAUAGACUUUUUUGAAGGAUCUCGUUCACGUGGAGAUUGUGAGAGCGAAUCGUGGCGAUGCCGCAGACAGUCAGGCCCGAGAGCAAAGGAAGCAAACAUUGUCCAUGUUCUCAUGGUGGGAGGAAUAUCCUCUUUCUCUCCUCUCUGUCAGUCACAGUGACACUAGCCAAUUGCGGUGAGGUCUUGUAUGAACAAGACGGGUGAUAGCACGGCCCUUGGAUUCUGCUCUGCUGACGGCUAACAACAUGCCUUACUGAUGCCAACCAUGUCUGACUGACACCAAAAAAAAUGUCUGAUUAACACCAAACACGUCUUUUGACGGCAACAGACACAUCUGAUCAAGACUAAACAUUGCUAAUCAACACCAAACAUGUCUAAUCAACACCAAACAUGUCUAAUCAACACCAAACAUGUCUAAUCAACACCAAACAUUGCUAAUCAACAUCAAACAUGUCUGACUGAAGCUAAGCAAAAUGUCUGAUUGAGACCAACAACGUCUGAUUGACCAGAUUGGCAUUUAGGGAGUCAGUGACUUCAAUUUAAAAGUGAUGUUAAUAAUAAUAUAAAUAUUUAAGCUCUGCAUAAACAGGGUCGGUCUAAUUUGUCACUUAACUUGAGUUU